AUGAAGGGCAUUAAAAGUAAAAUGCUCUCUAGGGGUAAAACGCAGGACUCACAGAAGUCUAGCAAAAAGAAAGAGAGUAAAAAGUCCUCUUCCCAUGAAUCUUCAAAAUCUUCUUCUAAAGAGUCAUCGCCUGUUGAAUCUCCCAACAAUGUUAUGGGUGCUCAGAAUGAUUAUCUUUCAGUCCCCAAGCAUUCAAGUAAAAAGGUUCCAAUUGAUACGACUCCUACUCCGAGAGACGAGAUUCUGCUAGAGAAUGUUCGAACUGUACGAAAGCAAAGAUCUUCUUUAUACCACAUAUCUGAAAAUCGAAUGCUCGUUCGUCUUCCUUCUUUUUCAGAUGUCCCUAUCACUGCAUGGCAUUCCUUGGCCUUGGAAAAAUUAGAACAAUGCUGUGUUUUGUUUGACUUUAAUGAUCCGUCCACUGAUUUAUAUGGUAAGGAGGUGAAGCGCGAGGCCCUGCAAGAUUUGAUAGAUUUGGUUUCUGUUCGGAAAGAAGCAAUAGAUGAGUCUUUAUAUCCCUCCAUUGUACAUAUGUUCUCCGUUAAUGUUUUUCGCCCUUUACCACCCCCUUCGAACCCUCUCGGCGAAGUCGUGGAUUUAGAAGAAGAUGAACCUGCAUUAGAAGUGGCAUGGCCUCAUUUACAUCUUGUUUAUGACUUUUUUUUGAGGUUUUUUGAGUCCCCGUCACUCAACACUUCUAUUGCAAAAGUAUAUAUCAACCAAAAAUUUAUUCGUAAACUACUUGUUUUGUUUGACAGUGAAGAUCCUCGUGAAAGGGAUUUUUUGAAAACCAUUCUUCAUAGAAUUUACGGAAAAUUUCUUUCGUUGCGUGCUUUCAUUCGAAGGUCUAUCAACAAUUUGUUUCUUCAAUAUAUUUACGAGAAUGAGCAGUUUAGCGGAAUUGCUGAACUCCUUGAAAUCCUGGGCAGUAUUAUCAACGGGUUUGCACUUCCAUUAAAGGAAGAACAUAAGGUUUUCUUAUCCCGUGUUUUAAUCCCUAUGCAUAAGGCAAAAUCUCUCGCCCUUUAUUAUCCACAAAUUGCUUAUGGUAUCGUGCAAUUUGUGGAAAAAGAUUCCUCCGUGACUGAAGAGGUCAUUCUAGGUCUUCUUCGCUACUGGCCAAAGAUCAAUAGUGGGAAAGAAGUUUUAUUUUUGAAUGAAUUGGAAGAUAUCGUUGAAGUGAUGGAACCGUCUGAAUUUCUAAAAGUCCAAAUACCGCUAUUUCAUAAAUUAGCUUCUUGCAUAUCUAGCCAAAAUUUUCAAGUUGCCGAGCGUGCUUUAUAUUUCUUUAACAACGAUUAUUUUGUGCAUCUGGUUGAAGAAAACGUAGAUGUCAUUUUGCCUAUUAUAUAUCCUGCUCUCUUUGAAAUAUCAAAAAGCCAUUGGAACAGGGUUAUCAACUCAAUGGUUUGUAAUGUUUUGAAAUUGUUUAUGGAUAUAAAUUCUUCUUUAUUCGACGAAGUUGAUACAGAAUACUCUGAAGCGAUAAACAAAAAAGAAAAGGAAGAACAAGAAAGGAAAGAAAGGUGGCUUAUCCUUGAGUCUAUUGCGAAUGAAAAUGCCUCUAAAAUGAAAGCAUCGAAAAAUAUAUCGGUACAGACAACUACGGAACAAUUAAAAAAAAUAUCGAUCGAAACUCCAGACGAUUAG